AUGGACUUUGAUGACAUUAGUCUCACCAAGUUUAAUAAAACACAAAGCGAAUGGUUCGCACUUUGCUCUCGUUCUGGCCUCGGGAUCUGCCAGUUGGCGGAUCAGUACCGACACCGCGAUGAUUGCUUCCUCCGUUCUAUGCACCGUGGCUCGUUCAACUUUAGCAUCCGUCUCCACUGGGAAGAUGGUAAGGAGGACUGGCUUAUUCGCUUCCCAAUACCGGGAAAGUCCAUGUUCCUCGACCAAAAGGUCUACAGGGAGGCCGUGCUCAUGAAACACAUUGCCGAGGAGACUAAUAUCCCCGUCCCCAAGAUCAUCUGUUAUGGCAGGGCAUCCGAGAAUUCCACCGGUCUUGGCCCGUUCAUUAUCAUGACAUGGGUCGAGGGAAAGAAACUGUCUGAUGUCCUAAGAGACGAAGACAGCGAAGUCGACAUGCUGAAUCCCAAUCUAGCUCCAGAUGUUCUAAAAAGAGCAUAUUACCAGAUAGCCGGGGUACUGAGCAGCCUCUGGAGCCUCAACUUUGACAAAAUUGGCUCUCUCGGCGAGGAGAGCACAAAUGGAAAAAUCGUCAUCGACGGGCCUCCACUGACCCAAGAAGUCAACGAGUUAAUCAGAGCAAGCGGCAUUCAAGAUCCCUCGCCCCAGCGGACAUAUCACACCUCCACUGACUAUAUCAAAUUCCUGCUUGAUCUACAAUCGACGCAGCUCGAGCAGCAGCGGAACAGUGUAUAUGAUUCCGAAGACUGCAGGAAUAAAUAUGCCUGUCGCCAGCUUAUGAAAGCUAUCGCGUUAAACUUCAUUCCGAGUAAUGACGAUGGCCCGUUCAAGCUCUUUUGCGAUGACUUUGGGCCCGGGAACGUCCUCGUAAACGAUGAACUAGAAAUAGUCGCGGUCAUUGACUGGGAGUUUUGCUAUGCGGCCCCUUCGCAGUUCGCAGCGAGCAUUCCAUGGUGGUUACUCUUGAGGCGACCCGACUACAUCGUCGACGAUAUCGGCCCAGCCUCUUUCUUCGACGCAUUCCUCCCAAAGGCGAAUACCUUUAUACAAGCCCUGGAGGAGCGGGAACGGACUCUGGGUUUAAACACAGAGGAUAACCGAUUAUCUGCCCACAUGCGACAGUCUUUGGAAAAUCGUUCCGCGUGGUUCAUGCUCGCAUGUCGCAAAAUUGCGUCGGUAGAUUUGAUAUACUGGGACCUGCUCGAUGAAUAUUGCUGGGGGCCCCGGUCGUCCAUGGCCGAUCGAGCUCACGCUUUUACGGGAAUGGGCGAGAUGCAUCAGGGGCGGGAGAAUUUUGUUCGCUUGAAGAUACAGCAGCUGCGUGAGUACUAUAAGGAGCUUGGGGAAGAGACAGAUGUCAGCUAUGAGCCGCCUCCCUUGAGUUCUCAGACCACCCAAGAAUAG